AUCUACAUGGCAUUUAUUUGUCAUCAGAGGAUUGGUCACCGUUGGGCAAUGCUACUUAGAUUUCAAAAUGCACCCCGAUUUGUUUGGGGAAUCUACCGAAUUGGGCGGGUUACCAAAAAUUCUCCCUUUCCAACGCAAAAUCUUUCGGAAUUUGAACAAGACAAUGGCGCUUCGAUUCUUCACGACAGGCUGCCUAAACAAUUACUCGAAAAAUUACAGACCUCAUAAACAAAUUACUUGAGCUCGGAAGGAGAGGUAAACAAUAGUUAUUGGAAUGCAUAGAUGCGGCCGCGUUCAUCUCACGCGCUUUCCAAUGGCAUGCGACUGAAACACCUUUGAAAAAUCAACAGGAAUAGAAUGCGGAAACAACACGCAGGCAGAGAUUGUCGGGGGAGAUUGAAAGGGGAAGGAUCUAUGAUAGGGAUCGGUUUUAUCAGCUGAUUCCAAGUAGGAUUUAUUGAAUUUGUGAUUUGUAUGCAGUGGAUCUGAUCGUGAAGGGUUUUAAUGGCGCGGGGCGCGAGAAAGAAAUCGAGGGUGCGAUGGAGUAAGCUUUAUUCUUUCAGUUGCAUAAGACCGGGCGUGGAAGAUGCAGAGUUAGGGCAACCCCAUCCACUUGAAGGACCUGGGUAUUCCCGUGUGGUUAAGUGCAAUGAGCCCGAGAUGCACAGCAAAAAACCUUUGAAGUAUCCUUCCAAUUAUGUGAGUACCACCAAAUACAAUGUCCUGACAUUUGUGCCCAAGGCUCUGUUUGAGCAGUUCAGGAGGGUUGCCAAUCUUUAUUUCCUGCUGGCGGCCAUUUUGUCUGCGACCCCGGUGUCGCCCUUCAGUGCAGUGAGCGUGGUUGCCCCCUUGGUGUUUGUGGUGGGAGCCAGCAUGGCCAAGGAGGCCGUGGAGGACUGGAAGCGCUUCAUCCAGGACAUGAAGGUCAAUUCGCGCAAGCUCACUGCGCAUAAAGGAAAUGGUGUUUUUGCAACCAAGUCCUGGCAGAAGAUUCGUGUUGGCGACGUGGUUAAGGUAGAGAAAGACAACUUUUUUCCUGCCGAUUUGCUUUUACUGUCCUCUAGUUAUGAAGAUGGUAUCUGCUACGUGGAAACUAUGAACCUUGACGGUGAAACAAAUUUGAAGGUCAAGAGAUGCUUGGAAGCAACCCUCGUCUUGGAUGAUGAUCACGAGUUCAGUAACUUCGCUGCUUCGGUCAAGUGUGAGGAUCCUAAUCCCAAUCUCUACAGUUUUGUUGGAAAUUUUGAGUUCGAAGGACAGGUUUAUGCUCUUGGCACCGAUCAGGUGCUUCUCCGAGAUUCAAAACUCCGGAAUACUCAGUAUGUAUAUGGUGUCGUAAUCUUUACUGGCCAUGAUAGUAAAGUGAUGCAGAACAGAACCGAGUCUCCUUCCAAGAGGAGCACCAUUGAGAAGAAAAUGGACAAUAUUAUUUACCUUCUCUUUUCAUUUCUACUCCUCAUUUCUUUAAUUAGUUCUAUUGGUUUUGCCCUUAGGAUAAAAUUCAGUAUGCCUGAUUGGUGGUAUCUGCAACCAGAGAAUACUACGAAAUAUUAUGAUCCAGAUAAUGCUGGCGCUUCAGGUGUUUUCCAUUUGGUCACCGCGUUGAUCCUCUAUGGCUACUUGAUACCUAUUUCGCUCUAUGUUUCAAUCGAGGUUGUCAAGGUUCUGCAAGCUCUCUUUAUAAAUCAAGACAUCCAGAUGUAUGAUGAAGAAACAAGCACCCCUGCUCAAGCUCGGACUUCUAACUUGAAUGAGGAGCUAGGACAGGUGGAUACGAUUCUCUCAGAUAAAACAGGAACCCUUACAUGCAAUCAGAUGGAUUUUAUCAAGUGUUCGAUAGCUGGUAUUUCAUAUGGUGUUGUCUCAAGUGAAGUGGAGAUUGCUGCAGCAAAACGGAUGGCAAUGGAUCUCAAGGGCCACCUGUCUGUUCUGGGUAUCCCAAGUCUUAAUGGACAAGACUUGGGUCCAUCAGGGAACAAUAUUCAGAGAUCAAGCUCAGCAGAACCAGAGAUUGAACUGCAGAUUGAUGGGCGACAAUGGACUCAGAUGACCGCAAAUCCUUCUAUCAAGGGAUUCAAUUUUAAGGAUGACCGACUCAUGAAUGGAAACUGGGUGAAGGAACCUAACAAGGAUAUGAUAUUAAUUUUUUUCCGUAUAUUAGCAAUUUGCCAUACUGUUGUUCCAGAUCAAGAUGAAGAGACAGGUAUGAUAAGUUAUGAAGCAGAAUCACCCGAUGAGGGGGCUUUUGUUGUAGCGGCAAGGGAGUUUGGGUUUGAGUUUUCCAGACGAACACAAACAAGUGUAAUAAUCAAGGAGCGGGAUGCAUCAUCUGGACAAAAGAUCGAGAGGGAGUACAGAUUGCUCAAUCUUUUGGAGUUCAACAGCACAAGGAAGCGUAUGUCUGUUAUUGUGCGGGACGAAGAUGGGCAGAUCUUUAUACUAUGCAAAGGAGCUGAUAGUGUCAUCUUUGAUAGACUUGGGAAGAAUGGGAAAGAUUAUCAAGAAGCAACACGCGCACAUCUGGCUCAGUAUGGAGAGGCAGGAUUGCGCACCUUAGCACUUGCAUACAAGAGCAUAACAGAAACAGAAUAUUCAGAAUGGAAUACAUUGUUUCUCAGGGCCAAGACAACAAUUGGCGUCGAUAGAGAGUCCCUACUGGAGAAUGCAUCUGACCUGAUUGAAAAGGAUCUGAUUCUUGUGGGUGCCACUGCUGUUGAGGAUAAACUACAGAAAGGGGUCCCUGAGUGUAUAGAUAAACUUGCUCAAGCAGGUCUUAAGAUUUGGGUACUGACUGGUGAUAAGAUGGAGACUGCAAUUAACAUAGGAUUUGCAUGCAGUCUGCUUCGGCAAGGCAUGAAACAAAUUUGUUUAAGUCUAAAGAGCUUGGAAGAAUCCAGUAACCAAGAUAAAUCUGCCAAGGCAGCAAAAGAAAGCAUUUCACUGCAAAUUACCAAUGCUUACCAGACAAUAAUCCUGGAGACAAAUCCUGACUCUGCUUUUGCUUUGAUAAUUGAUGGAAAAGCUUUGGCAUAUGCCUUAGAAGCUGACUUAAAAGAUCGGUUUUUGAAAUUGGCCAUACACUGUGCUUCCGUCAUUUGCUGUCGAGUGUCCCCUAAGCAAAAAUCCUUGGUAACAAGAUUAGUGAAAGAAGGUACUCAUAAAACUACUCUGGCAAUUGGUGAUGGGGCCAAUGAUGUUGGCAUGAUUCAAGAGGCUGAUAUUGGUAUUGGCAUCAGUGGAGUGGAAGGCAUGCAGGCAGUCAUGGCGAGUGACUUUGCUAUAGCACAAUUCCGUUUUCUAGAGCGUUUGCUGGUUGUUCAUGGACACUGGUGCUACAAGAGAAUUGCUCAAAUGAUCUGCUAUUUCUUUUACAAAAAUAUAGCUUUUGGGCUUACGAUCUUCUACUUUGAAGCACUUACAAGUUUCUCUGGACAGUCUGUAUAUGAUGAUUGGUACAUGCUGCUUUUUAAUGUUAUUUUGACAUCAUUGCCAGUCAUAUCUUUAGGAGUCUUUGAGCAAGAUGUUUCAUCUGAAGUGUGCUUGCAGUUUCCUGCAUUAUACCAGCAGGGUCCAAGAAAUGUAUUCUUUGAUUGGUACCGGGUACUCGGAUGGAUGGCAAAUGGAGUGUAUGCAUCUCUUGCUAUAUUCUUUUUAAAUAUAAGUAUUCUUCAAGGUCAAGGAUUCCGUUUAAGGGGCCAGACAUCAGAUAUGGCAAUUCUUGGAACAACCAUGUUCACGUGCAUUGUCUGGACGGUCAACUGCCAGCUAGCAUUAAGUGUCAGCCAUUUUACUUGGAUCCAACACCUGUUUAUUUGGGGAAGUAUUGCUGGUUGGUAUGUUCUUUUAUUGAUAUAUGGUAUGAUUUCUCCUACCUAUUCAACCAAUGCUUUCCAAAUUCUAACUGAAGCACUUGGUCCUGCCCCUAUAUACUGGUUAACUACAAUUAUUGUUGUCAUAAUUUCUGUUUUUCCUUAUUAUAUUCACACUGUCUUCCAAAGGGCUUACAAUCCCAUGGACCACCAAAUUAUUCAAGAAAUAAAAUAUUUAAAGAAAGAUGUAAGCGAUGAUUUAAUGUGGUCAACAGAGUGUGAAAAAGCCAAGCAAAAGACUAAGAUUGGAUUUUCAGCAAGGGUAGAUGCUAGGAUCCGGCAUUUUAAGGAAAGGUUGCACAUAAAACGUUUGGUUUCAUCUACUCCCACUGCAGAAAGUCCACGUCUUUGAGGAAGCUGUGUAUUUCAAUGUAUCUGACUGCAGCAUUCGGAAUUAGACACUGGAAAGAAAAGAGCCCUUUGUUAAUGCACACCCACAAAUUCUUGUACCAUCUUCUCUUCUAUCAUUUUUUCAUUUGUUUACACACUACAUCAAGUUUUGUAUCAUUAACAUUGUUAUAGUUACUUAAUGGAGUUCAGUAGUCCAUUUUAUGUUGCAGACAAUUUUUGACUUGAUAUACAGAGUCUAUUGAUGCCAGGGUUCAAUUUGUAUGAUUUUGGAAAAAGAAGACAAUCAAGUAGAUUUAUCACCAUUCUUCAGAAAUCAUGAGAAUUUGUUUAGUACACUAGCCAUAGUUUCAAACAUUAUUUUUUAUCAUUGUUACAUUGAUCUUGAGAGUGGUAGCUUAAUAUAGCUCCACAAUACAAAAUGGUUUACUUGUGCAGUGUAACAGUGGCAUAGGCAGAAAACCAAGGAGUGACUGCACAAUUGGAGCGUACAAACACAUCUUUUUGUAAUAUCAAGGAUACUUUUUGAAUUUUGCAUACAUUGCUAAUCUAAAAGGAAAGGUCUUUUGCCUAAUCUGUAUGCAGCCAUGCUUUUGACAUUGUCAAAAAGAGCAAAACUUCCUUGAUGAUGCAAAAGGCAAGCAAUUCUACAUCAAGUCAGUGAGAACAGAAGCGAAAUGUGUUUUAGUUUGUAGUAUUUCUCUUGCCCUGUACAUAUGUGCGAUAAACUCUCAUUUGUAUGAUGCAGAACAAUUUUUGAAAAAAGAAAGUUGUCUUAGUCUGCUUUCAUUGGCUGUGAUAAAUGACCAAAAUCUAAUUUUUUUA